AUGCCUCCCAUCACGCUCUACUUCCUUGGCGCCUCACGGUCGAUACGCCCAGCGUGGCUGCUCGAAGAACUAGGACUCGACUAUGAGCUCAAGGGUGCCGAACGAGAAGGCCAAAAGGCACCCCAGUGGAUGAAGGAUGAGGUGGGCGGGCUUGGAAAGUUCCCGGUGCUGAAAGAUGGCGAUGUGUUCAUAACAGAAAGUGGGAAUAUCACCGAAUAUCUUUGCGACAAAUACGAUAAAGAGCAUCGGCUUGUCCCAGCUCUUGGAGACCCUAAACGUUACAGCGUUUUGCAGUGGGUGCACGCGGCGGAAGCAACGUUCAUGACGCAUUCUCUGGCCGUCCUCUACGCCCGCUGGAGCCAGAAAGAUGGCGACGUAGCGAAGACAGAGGCAGGGAUAGCUGUGAAUGUGCAGAAAGAUCUCGCUUUCUUUCAGGCCGAAAUUGGCAAGAGUAAGGGUAAAUUCUUAUUCGGAGAAAAUCUCACGGCUGCGGAUAUCAUGAUAGAGUUCAGUCUCGACUUCAUACUGGCCAGGGAGCUGGGGGUAAAGGCUCAAGAUUGGCCGAAAGUGAAGGAGUAUAUCCAAGCAUGUCAGAGCACGGCCUCGUGGCAGAAGGCGCAGAAGAAGACAGGGCAUAAGCUAUGA